CACAACACUUCACGGACGAACGAAUGAGUUUUCGCCAGACUUUGUUAUGCGGAUUUUUGCUCUCUGCAGCCUGCGAGUAGUAACCCAUCGUUCUAAGUCCCCCGUGAAACAACCGUUCUUAGUCAAACAGAGCCCUUCCGAGGCAUACCGGGCACGGCCGUUAAUGCCAUGGUGUAUCGGGGGAGGCCAUCAAAAGCAUGCCAAAGAUGUCGAGACAGAAAACUCCGUUCUUGAAUCUCAGUGCGAUUUUCAGCGGCCUAAUUGUAAUUCCUGCUUGCGUGCAGGAGCUCGGUGCCACGGGUAUCGGGAUACAGAAUCUUUGCGCAUCGAAGACGAGACACAAGCCAUAUGCUCAAAGCCUAAGAAUUCUAGAGAGAAAACGGCUGGUUCAUGCCGAGCAAAGAAAUUCGAUUUGAAUCAUAUUCCUCUGGAUCUGCAAGUGCAGGCACGAGAGUUAUUCUUCCAAUACUUCAUUCGGGACUUCGGCCGCUCUUGGGAUUUCAUAUAUCCAUACUUGAACUCACAAGAUACUCCCGAACACGUGAAUUUAAGUAUAGACGCCGCCAGUCUAGCGUUUCUAUCCCACCAUGUUACAUCACUGUCUGCGCAGAGCCUCGGUCGUUCAAAGUACAUCACCGCACUCAGGAAAACAAAUAUCGCGUUGCGCACAAACAUGGCUCGGGAUCAGAGUGUACUCGAUUCAACACUGCUUCUUGAUUUAUUCGAAAAAAUCGUAAACCCUCGUGGCGUCAGCGACAGAACUCAACGCGCCCACAUUGAAGGAUCAUUGGCUCUUGUCAAACUGAGAGGCCUGAAAAACUUUACAGAUAGCACAGGACUCAAAGUGCUACAUCGACUUAGUAUCAACGUUAUGAUUGGAUGUAUCAGUCAGAACUGCCCUUUACCACCCGAGAUCUUCGAGAUCAGACGACACCUCAGUCGUUUCGUUGACACUACAGAUCCAAAGUUCAGAUCGGUCGGGGUGAUAUUUGAUAUCGUUAGCCCUGGAGAUACCAUCAAACAGGACUUACUCAGUCCACCGGAAAAGAUAAGAAGGUGCACAUGGCUCGAUCAACAGCUAGAAAUAAUAUCGUUGGAAGCUGCGCCCGCAUGGACGUACGAAAGAAUCGUUAUACCUGUUGGCAACACGAGCCAGAGGAUACUGGACAACUACUACGACGUAUACAACUCGCGGAUGACUACACAGAUGUGGAAUGCUUUGAGGGCUUCUCGAAUUUUACUUUGCGAAGAAAUUGAGGAGUGUUCUUCAACAUGCCAGGAUGAUGAGUCUAUGCUGCUCUCACAACGUGCUACAACCGCGUCGGGCCUCAUGAUCAGCGAGAUCUGCGCUUCCGUCCCUCAGAUGACGCACUGUGAAGGGGCCGCAAAAUCAAAACUGCCGUCCGACAUCGACGUUUCCCAAACAUCGCAUGGACAUACUUUAUCUCAUUUUUUGGAUAACUACAUCCUGCUAUACGCGCUUUACGUGGCCGGUUGGUCACGCAGCUGCCAGCCGAGGCAGCGAGAAUGGAUCAUCGCACAGCUGAUCCAUGUCGGUGAGCACUUUAGGAUGAAGGAGGCUGCACUAGUAGCGAGCAUACUGCAAGAUCAGACCAAGAAUUCCAUGUCGGAGAGACCACGCCCAUGGGAUGUCUACAGGCUUCUUGGCAGCUAUGCUUUCGCUGCCUAG